UGCUUUAAACAUCGAUUCAGAUUCUAGCGAAGUGAAUCAGUCUUCUAAUUGCAACAUGAUCGCUAAGGUCGCCAUCCUCUUUGCUGUCCUUGCAGCAGCCCAUGCAUCUCUUCUUUUGGGACAUGGUGCUCUACUCAGCACUGGAGUCAGCAACAGAGCUCAAACUCAAGAUGCUUUUGGCAACUACGCUUUCAACUAUGGAAUCCAGGACGGUCUUGGUGCCAGCAACUCCCGAGCUGAAGUAGGAGAUGCCCAUGGAAAUAAGAAGGGAACCUACACCAUUGCUGACAUCGACGGACGAGCCCGACGAGUCGACUACGUCGCUGAUGGUCUUGGAUUCCGAGCCACCGUCAAGACCAACGAACCUGGAACCGCCGCCAGCGCCCCAGCAGCUGCCCUUAUUGCCAGUCCCUACGCCGGACCCGUUGCCCCAGUCGUCAACCAUGUAGCCCCAGCUGCUGCCGUAGCUGCUCCAUUGGCUGUUGCAGCUCCUGCUCUUGCUUAUGGACACGCUGGUGCAUUCGGACUUGGAUAUGGCCAUCUUGGACUUGGAUACGGCCAUCUUGGAUUUGGCAAGGCUCUCCUCCAUUAAGGUUAUCCAUAUCUUAUAUUUUGGCAAACUGAAACUGUGAUCUAAGCGCUCACUUCCCAUCAUUCUGUACAAAUAUGUGACGAUGAAUCUCUAUCAAGAAAA